AACACCUCAGUUGCACUCUUCAUGUUAUCACGACGACGUCGAUCACACGACCACCGGAUGGUUGCGCGAUCCAGCUUCCGCGGGCCUAGAUAAGCGCCAACGCCGUUGAAGGGCGCUAUCUUUUCGCUACUGAAUGUAACGCGUUUCAGUUGGACUCAGAGGCGGACAAGCGCAAGGACAACCAUAUAACCACACGAGCAAAUAGACUGUCAGAUAAGCAUCAGCUUACAGUUAUAAUAAUAAUAAUAAUAGUGAGAAAAAACGCGGCCAUACAAAUUUGUAAUAAAUUUAACUAGUCUAAUUUAGCUGUGACCUACAAAAACCGUUUACAGUUAUUGUGUUGAAGUGUGCCACAUAGUGCGCUUUCAUUUUAUCUCGUCUCUUGAAAAGCCUUUCCGCUGUAGGGUGGAAACAGUUUAAAUUAAGUUCAAGUUCAACGUGAAAAAUGUCAAGGAAUAAAAGUUUAACAAUUGAAGCCAUAGAGGAGCUGAAGCCUAUGAAAAAUGGCGACUCUUUGGACACCAAAGUGAUAAUCGAAGCUGUGAAAUAUGAACAACCGCCCGAAAAGCAUUGGAUUUAUAAACGCGUAUACUUCUUGAAUUGGCUACAGAAAUACGAUCGUGAAACGGCCAUUUCGGAUUUGAUUGCCGGCAUCACUUUGGGCCUCACCAUCAUACCACAGAGUAUUGCUUAUGCGGCGCUGGCGGGACUCUCAUCGGAAUAUGGCUUGUACUCGGCUAUCAUUGGUAAAAUCUUUUACGCUUUGUUCGGCACAAUUCCACAAGUAUCAAUUGGACCUACAAGUUUGAUGUCUUUGUUGGUUUUACAAUUCGUUGGGGAACGUCCAGUGCAAUUUGUAUUCGUACUCGCGUUUCUAUCGGGGCUUGUGGAGUUUCUUAUGGGCGCAUUCCAAUUGGGCUUCAUCGUGAACUUCAUUCCAACACCAGUUACGAAAGCUUUCACCAGCGCAACAGCUGUAAUUGUGGCUGCAGUGCAAUUUAAAAAUUUAUUGGGCAUAAAAAGUAAAGGCAUACCAUCGAUAGAAGUACUCGUCAAAAGUAUACGGUACUCUGACGCCUUAUUGGGAUUGAUUUGUCUUACGGCGUUGCUCUCAUUGAGACAACUAUCCCAGAUCAAUUUCAAGAAGAACACCCCAAUCACACGGAAGCUUCAGAAGUUCUUGUGGUACAUCAGCAUCUCACGCAAUGCUUUAGUUGUAUUCCUUUGCAGUUUAGCGACAUACUUUUGGAUAAAACAACGUUCCGCAGAGGCGAUUCCAUUUGCGCUAACUGCAAGAGUGAAUUCGGCUCAAUUGAAAUUUCAGCUACCGCCAUUUGCUUUCGACUACAAAAACACCACCUUUGUAUUUUCUGAUAUUGCCAACGAAUUGGGUAGCGGCAUUAUAGUGGUACCGAUUGUGGCCAUUUUAGCGAACGUGGCCAUCGCGAAGGCUUUUGUUAAGGACAAUCGUUUGGAAGCUUCUCAGGAAAUGCUUACUUUGGGAAUUUGCAACUUGGCUGGCUCUUUCUUCAAUUGUAUGCCCACUUGUGGCGCUUUCACGCGUUCCGCUGUCAGUCAGGCAAGUGGUGUGCGCACGCCCCUUUGCGGCAUCUACACAGGUUUAAUGGUAUAUCUGGCGCUCAAUAUACUCACCCCAUAUUUUGGUUAUAUACCAAAGUCAUCGAUUUCUGCGGUGCUCAUUGCGGCUGUGGUAUUUAUGAUCGACUUCUCACCCGUUAAAACGCUUUGGCUCAGCAACAAAAAAGAUUUCUUCAGUUGGGUUGGCUGCUUCAUUGUUUGUCUCUUUGCUGGUGUGCAAAUGGGUCUACUCUUUGGUAUAGUGCUGAAUAUGAUAUUCGUACUUCUACGACUGGGCAACCCCAAGGUGGAGGUGACGCUCAUGGAGUGCGAAAAUCGCAACUACGUCUUCGUUAGCCCCACCUCCGAUGUCUACUAUUCUGGCAUCGAAUAUAUACGCGAUAAGAUCAAUGAUGCUUGUCUGCUCUAUCGUGACGAUUUCCCAGUUGUGUUGGAUUGCCGACGUUUCAUGCAAUUCGAUGGCACUUUUGUCGAUGUGAUCAAUGCUGUGGCUAAGGAAUUGGAGUGCCGUGAUGUAUUAUUGGUGUUAUAUGGCACGAAUGAGAAAUUGGAAGGGCUGCUGCGUAAUUCCAGUAACAUCAACUAUUGUGAUAGUGGACGACGCAUCUGUUCCGAUGAUCUAACGCCAAAGAAACGAGAAUUGAAAAAUAUCUAAUAGCAAGUAAAUGGAGGCAAAAAACAUAGGAGGGCGCGUGAUAAAAUUAAAGAAGAAGAAGAAAGAGGAGUGACGUGAAGUGAAAUGAAAACAAUUGAAAAUUUGUUGACAUCAAAGUGGCGGCAAGGCAUAUCUGUCCAUUGAAAAGCCUCUGCCUUAAUUUUACACACAGCUUUUCUACUUUGUUGGCGAUCUUAAAGAAAAUACAAUUAAGCUAUAAAAAAAUCACAUAGAUUUGUAAUUUGUGUAUAGUAAAUAGUAUGCAGUAGAAACGGGUUAUCUUUAUUUCUUGUGAACUCACGGCAAUGAUAUUGUAAAUUAGUUUGUAAAUAAGCCGCGCUGUGCGGCUAGUUGUUAUUUCCUUAGGCUUAUGCGCAUACUUACACACAUCUACAUGCAUAUGUAAAUUCAUAGAAGAGGUAUUUUGUAUUUUAUAAAAACGAUAAACAAAUAUUAAUAAAUAAUUUCUGUUAUAUACUA